CGCGUCCGGGGAAGACGCGCGGCCCGGGUCACGGGGCGCGAACGCGGGGGCGCUGAGUUCCGCGGUGCCCGUUAGGCCGUGGGGGCAGAGUAGAGCAGCGUGGGGCGCGGGACCGGCUGCAAGCAGGCAGAGUUUUGGGGUACGAGAGCGGUAGAUGUCGUCGCCUGCUGCGUUCGCCUUACAAAACCCACGGCGUUUAGACGUUGCAUUUAGGUAUCUGGUGUGUAAACGGAAGCUGGAAAGUAAAAAGGAGGCAUUGCUAAUCCUUUCCAAAGAGCUGGACACUUGUCAACAGGAAAGAGACCAGUACAAGCUUAUGGCCAACCAGCUGCGGGAACGACACCAGUCUCUGAAAAAGAAAUACCGGGAGCUGAUUGAUGGGGACCCAUCUCUUCCCCCUGAAAAGAGGAAACAGGCAAAUCUUGCUCAGCUACUGAGUGAUGCUCAAGAUCGAAACAAACAUCUUGGCGAAGAGAUUAGAGAACUUCAGCAGAGAUUGGGAGAAGUACAAGGGGACAAUAAGCUCCUUCGAAUGACAAUAGCAAAGCAAAGACUUGGAGAUGAAGAAGUUGGGGCUCGCCACUUUGCAGCACAUGAGCGUGAAGACCUUGUUCAACAGCUGGAGAAAGCUCGAGAACAAAUCGAGACUCUGAGACAUGAUCUUCAAUCUGCACUGGAUGAGUUGGAGGAUGUGAAAGAAGAACGUUCUUUUUACCAAGAUAAGGCUGACAGGCUGAACCGAGAACUUAAUCAUGUCUUAGGAGGGCAUGAAAACCGUAUCAUUGACAUAGAUGCUUUGUGUAUGGAGAACAGGUAUCUUCAGGAGAGAUUAAAGCAACUUCAAGAGGAAAUCAACCUCCUUAAGUCUAAUAUUACUAAAUACAAGAAUGCGCUAGAAAGACGAAAAAAUUCAAAGACUCAGAGUAGAUCCAGUAGCAGUGCUCUGACUGGAGUCCUUUCUGCAAAGCAAGUCCAAGAAUUGUUGUCAGAGGAUCAAGGAUGUAGCCUGCCAGCCACACCACAAUCCAUUUCAGAUCUCAAAUCGCUGGCCACUGCAUUGCUGGAGACUAUCCACGAGAAAAACAUGAUCAUACAACACCAAAGGCAAACCAACAAAAUUCUAGGUAAUCGAGUGUCAGAACUAGAAAAGAAGUUAAGAACUUUGGAAAUUGCUGGCUUGUGGAGUCUUCCAGGUGGAAAGGAUACUAUAACAUUCACUGAUCCAACCUUGCCUGUUAUACAACGGUCUAGGUCACCGUUGUUAGCAUUUACGGACAAGCUGCACCAAACUGAAGUACGAGCAGAACAGAAGGGAGAACAUGAUGAAACUUGUGCUGUUGCAAGAGAGCUGAUGGCUUCAGAGGAAACUGAUAAGGAUUCUGUCAAUUCUUCAGCAAACUUAAAUAACAGUAACCAAAAUAAACGUUUUUAUCCUUCGUUACCUCAGUUACCUUCUGAGGAAGAACAAAUAAGCAAGCUUGGAAGUCAAAUAAUUAAAUUGUCAGAAGAACAGGCAGUUGCAGAACUGGAAGGGAAAAGAACAGAAAAUUCAGCAGAGGGGCCGAACACAUCAGUUGGACCAGAGCUUAAUGGCUCAUCUGAAGGAGAGCUUCCUUUAUCCAGCCCUGAUCGAUCCAAGACCACAGAUCCCUCAAACUCAGAGAAUGAACAGAUAGCUGAAGCUGAGGUCCUGAAAGACAAUGAUGAAACCUCAGAGAGUGAUUGUGAAAUUAUAAAUGAAAGAGGGAAUCAAAAUAGCAGCACUGUGGAUAUUGAGGACCCUGGAAGGCAUGGAGGUCUCAAUGUUACAACUGCUCGUGCGAUUAACAGCUUUGAGGAGCUCUCUGGAUCUGAAGGCAAGAAACCAUCUGAUCCUGCUGAAAAGUGUGAAUAUUUGGAUAACAGUUUAGCUUGAGCUCGUCUCUGGAAAAUACAAAGAGUUACUUCACCUAGUAUUGAGAACCCAUUUUAAUGGAGCUCUGAAGGAAGCCUCACCAGAGAAGCCAGAAGUCUUUUUGUGAGAUACCAUGAUGCUGUUUCAAAGCAAGGAGAACAGCAAGAUGAGGACCGACGAUGCUCUGUCCACUUUCUUGGCUCUAUUAGUGGUACUUACAGGAUUGUAUUCCUCAGCCCCAGGCAUGCAGUGGAGUCCAGCAUGCUCCACUUCAUUUCUGCCCUUGUUUUUAAAGGAAUCUGUGUUGUUUUAUUUUCUUCUGGUUUGGAAUUGAGGAUAAUUCUUCCUUUCCUCCAUGUUUUGCCAGUCUUAGGUACAGUAUAAGGCUUAUUUCAUUUGUUGUGGCUUUCUUAUACUUCCCUUGUUGAUGUUUAGUCAUAAGAAAACAUUCCAGUAAUAACUGGGGAAGGAGGGGGCUGCUGUGCGUGUCCCAGCUCCCUACUGGUGCUGGAGCUGUGCCACUCUGCUCCCAGGAAGGCAGCAACAAGGGAAUACUUAACGUUGUAGUUAGCAGCUGUUGGAGAAGGGGAAGCGCAUCCUUCCUCCCCUGUUUGUAGCAUAAGGAAUAGUCUCUGCAGCUGUGGAGCUUCUAUGGGCCAGCAGCCGUCAAGGCAAUUUUUCUGGUGGCGUGGGACCUAAUUGUCUGUAAAUGUGCAUUUCUCACUCCUAGAACUUGAAACCAAUCAGAGAGAAUUAAACCAAAUUUAAUAAAAUACUACUAAUAAAGAGGAAAAUCCCUCCCAGACUGAGUCCUCUUUUGACAAAUAACUGCCAGCUGCAAAUUUUUACAGCCCACUUGUCAGCUACUGAAUAAACAGAGUUUAUAUUAGCAAUACUGACAAACUCUUCUGUCUAUGGAAGCUGGGCUAGCAGGUGCUGCUGUAAUCAAGGUGUCGAAGUCCAUGAACAGUUUGUAUUCAGCAGAAGAGAGGCUGUAUGUAAAUGAUUACAUACAAAUAUAAGAAUUAUGGUGGGAAGGUGAAAAAUGUGGCUUGUCUCUGUUUUCAUGCAUUUUCCCUACCAGGUGCAUUCAUGUAACCCUUUCAGUGUCUGUCUGCAGGCAAUAAAGUGAUACUCGCCAUGCUCUUCAAAAAUGUUUCCUUUCUCUUUAAAGGUACUGUGACAUUGCAGCUUUUUGUUGGUAUCAGGCAGCAGCCCUUAGGAACAGAAAACAUCUAUAUAUUUAAGUGUGUUAGGCACAUGAGGCAGUAAAAAGUUUUCUUUCAGUGUCCUAAUCACAGUUUAAGUUAUCACCUGAAAACCAAAGAGAGCUUUAAGUAUUUGAAAAGUUGUUAUGCUGUUCCCCUUAAUUGUAGCUGAGUGCAUUAUUGACUCAUUCAUAUGACAGUACUGACAAGUCAGAGGAGAAAUAGCUGCAUACCCUGCCAUCUCUGUGAGAACUCUGAAUUUCUGGCAGCAUUUUUUUUUUUUUUAACUUUAAUGCUAGAAUGUUACAGGAAGUGUCAUUUUAUUCAAGAUGUGUUCUUUUCCAUCUUUCAUGGACUAAUCCUGUGCAGAGCUAAACAUCAACACAGUCAGAACUGAAGCAGGCUUCUGACAGAACAGUCAGGAUUUCUCAUAGCUGAACUGAACUGUUCAGCAUGGUUUAUGGCCGUUUUUUUCUUGUCCUGUGUCUUUUCUGACCCACAAUAGUGUGCGCUGAGAUUUGCUCCUAGUCUCUUAAUUGUCAGUUAAUGCUUUAAAUUAACAAAGUGCUGGUGCAAAUAUAGAGCAGGCGGAAGCAGUAGCUUUUUAGUGCCUAAAUUGUUGGUUCUUUUUAAUACAUUUUUUUCUGUGAGAAGAAUGCGGAGUGAUGUAUGACCAUCAAUUAGGUCAUCUUGGUAACUAUAGUGACACCAUUCUCUCCGCUUAAAUGCCAUCUUUUUAAUCUUUGCAGUCAUUUAGUGCCAGCUUAGAUAUCUGGAUCUCUGGAAACCUCAUUUUUUUACUGCUAUAUUGUUGGUGCGGUACUGUUCUGUCCUUUGCGCCCAAGUGAAAGUCUGUUCCUAGCUACGUUUUUAGCCUUUGCUCCAAAACACAAGAGCUCAAUACCAGGACACUUGUAAAAGUAAGACAUUUUUGCUGCACUGUGUAAUAACUAAUUGAGUAUUGUCGGUAUUCUGCUUGGAUAAUGCUUUAAUUGAUAGUGUUGUAUUAUUAGAACUAUUUUUUUUCAGUAAAUUAAUUCCUAUUUUGUUGAGGGGAAAAUCAACACUAUUUUGUUUUGAGACUUGCAUUGUCUUUUCCUAGGAUUUUAAAAAUGCAGAAAUCACAUCCAACCACAGGCCCUUUUGGUGGUAGGCUCUGGGGAAGCAAACUGGGAAGGGGAAUGUUGUGGCAGGGGUACAGAGAAGAUUGACAUAUUUUACAAAUUGAUUUUAGGGAAGUUGUCUCACCUAAAAGUGAAUUCAUACGUUAUCUGUGAGAAGGAUAUGAAAGUCCUGUGUUGUAGUUAUUUGAAAAAGAACAAUGAGUGAAUUUGUAAAAUAAGUAUGUGAAAAUGGCAGAUUAAGAAGCAUCUUUUAAAAUAAUGCUUCCUUUCUAAGUGCAACUAUUUUUAACCAUGUGGUAAUUUGUAUAAUAAAGGCGGUGGAAUUUCUUUAAUCCAUAUGAGCUCAGGAAUGCAUUUUAGAAUCUUAACUGAGAUUAAGUUGAAAGUCUACUACAUUUUUGAAAGAUAAGAUUUUGUUUACCAGUUUCUGUUUUGUAGGGUUUAUUUUUUUUAAUGCAGUUUUAUUUAUUUGCAAACCUUUCUUUUGUUGCUGCUUGGAUUAAAUAUGUAACGUGUUUAACAAUAUAUUUUGUCAUCUUUAAUAAAGACAUACGUUUCCUGA